GCUCUGGUCUAUCUCCUCCUUCACCGUCACCUUGGUUCUAUAUAGUUCAGUUCUGCCAGUUCUGUGAUCCAUAUUUCUUCAUGGUUCAAUAUAAAAUGUCUAACAACGAUUCAAAUCCACCGUUUUCACUUACUCUGUUCAUCUUAUUCUUCUUUCUUUCACUACCUGCCUUCUCUUCCUCUUUGAAGUCUUUGAAAAAUGAGGAGGAUUUUUUCAGUAGUGAUGCCGGGUAUCUGGUGAGGAGAGCUCAGAGGAGGGCGUUGGUUCAGACAGAGUACGGAGAAAUCUCGUCCAUUGAUGUCACCGAUGGACGGAGAGGGCCUUACCAUGUCCAGUUCAUCAUCAUGGAACCCAACUCGCUGUUCCUUCCGGUGCUGCUACACUCUGACAUGGUGUUCUAUGUCCACACAGGGAGUGGGAGGUUGAAUUGGGCUCAUGGAAAGGAUGAUCAAAUCAACGAGGUUCCUUUAAAGCAAGGUGAUAUCCAUAGACUCCGCCCAGGAUCUGUCUUCUUUGUUCAGAGUGAUUUACAGACCGAGCGUCAGAAACUUAGAAUUAAUGCAAUCUUUGCAAAUAGCGAUGAUGACGUAUUUGACCCAACAAUAGGAGCAUACUCCAGUGUUAGGGACCUGGUCCGAGGCUUCGACACCAAAAUCCUUCGGUCAGCUUUUCAGGUUUCUGAGGAUGUGAUCAAGUCGAUAACAAAUUCAACAGACCAAUCAGCCAUUAUCCAUGCAGUGCCAACGAAGAAAGAAACCUUUUGGGAUUUGGAAGCUCGGUUCUUGAAAACCUUUAUAGGAGCCAGUUAUGAUGGCAUGGCAUUAAACAAGAAGAAGCAUAAGAAGAAAGAAAAAUCAAAAACAUAUAAUAUUUUUGAUGAGGACCCAGAUUUCAAGAAUUGUAACGGUUGGAGCCUCACCGUGAAUGAGAGAAACUCGCCUUCAUUGACUGGAUCAAACAUUGGUCUUUUCAUGGUGAACUUGACGAAGGGUUCAAUGAUGGGGCCUCAUUGGAAUCCAAGGGCAACUGAGAUCGCAGUUGUGUUACAGGGGCAAGGAAUGGUCAGGGUGGUAUGUGCUAGCACAGCAAAGAGAUCAGAAUGCAGAAAUUUGAGGUUUAGGGUUCAUGAAGGAGAUGUAUUUGCUGUACCUAUGUUCCAUCCAAUGGCUCAGAUGUCAUAUAAUAAUGACUCAUUUGUGUUUAUGGGGUUCAGCACGACAACAAGGAGAAAUUAUCCUCAAUUUUUGGCUGGGAAAUACUCGGUUCUCCAAACUUUGAACAGACAGGUCUUGGCAGUGUCUUUGAAUGUUACCAACACCACAAUCGAUCAGCUUUUGGCUGCACAAACAGAAUCAAUCAUACUCGACUGUACUUCUUGUGCUGAAAAAGAGGAGAAAGUAAUGUUGGAAGAAAUUGAAAAGGAAAGGGAGGAAGAGGAGGCUAAGAAGAGAGAGGAACAGAGGAAGAGAGAAGAGGAGCAACGGAAGAGAGAGGAGGAGCAGAGACAGAGAGAGGAGGAGGAAGCGAGAAAGAAAGAAGAGGAAGAAGAGAGGAGAAAGAGAGAAGAGGAAGAAGAGAGGAGGAAGAGAGAAGAGGAGGAAGAAGAAGAGAGGAGAAGGAGAGAAGAAGAAAGAAGAGAGGAGGAAGAACAAGAGAGGGAGAGGCAACAGGAAGAAGGAGGAGAAGCAGCAGAAAGGGAGCAAGAAGAGGCUAGGAGGCAAGAGGAAGAAGCAGAGAGUGAGAAAGAAGACACCAGGAGGCAACAACAAGAGGAGUACAGUAAAAGAAAAGAGAAAGAGGCCCAAACAGAGCAAGAGGAGGCUAGGAAACAACAAGAGGAAAUAGAAGGAAGAACCAGACCGGAGGAGCAAGAGACGGAAGGUGACCAACGUUUUGACGGUGAAGCGGGAAGAAGAGAAAUUUGAAUGUGUGGAAAUGUUUAGGUAAUGUGAAUAAGAGUGUCAUAUGCUGCCUUCUAUUAGUUCCAUGUGGUCAGACUAUUUCCUCUCAGUCUUUUGUUUCAUGUAAUAAAUUUUCUAUGCCUAUCUAAAACAAAUUUUGGUUGUGAUAUAUACACAAUAAAUAGUUUAAAUAUUA